GUGAGAGCCCCGCGGCAAAUUAUAUGGACGGAGGUGGAAAAGAAGGCCUCGUGCCCCACCAUCGUAAUGCUGCUGCAGCUCUAAGCAGCCCUCUCACGGCGUUAAAAAAGUACACUGCUCCGCCGGAACUGUUGGGGAUUUUUCCAACAAACCUCUUCUCUAUUUCUGACUCCCCUUUAUUUUCCCCCCCCUCUCCUCUCGAAUUUAGACCUCUUUCUCCUUUCCUACAUUCCUUUCACCCCAUUGCGACCCGAUCUCCUAUUCAUAACAUCAUGGCCAGCACAAUAGCACGUUCUGAGGAGCGCCAGAACGCCGGGUGAGUGUUGACCACAUCCUGUCUUCCUCUGACAUCACACCCCUCCCUCAACUGUUCCGCCCACUUCGUUCAACCUUUCAAACCCGCCAUGACAACGCGCGCUCGAAGCAUUUCAAUCUAGAAUUGAUCCCCAUCAAUUAUAUGUAUUAUUUAGAAUUCGACCUCUAGACUACACUUGUUUUUUUGACUCUAUUUUAUCUUUUGCAAAUUAUCCUUCUAGCACAGACAGACCCCCAUUGAUCGACAUACAUCAUUCACCAUCCCUGCUCUGCAAGUGCCUCUAAUUCGCUGCUAACAUGGAUAUUUCGCUUAGCACCAUCGAGCUUAAAGAUGACACUGCCAUUGUAGUACUUGGUGCGUCGGGAGAUCUCGCGAAGAAGAAGACGUUCCCGGCACUUUUCGGCCUUUACCGUAACAAGUUCCUUCCCAAAGGAAUUAAGAUUGUCGGCUAUGCCCGGACAAAAAUGGACCAAGAAGAAUAUCUGAGACGUGUGCGGUCGUAUAUCAAGACCCCCACUAAGGAAAUUGAGGAGCAGCUGGAUAGCUUCUGCCAACUUUGCUCCUACGUCUCGGGUCAGUACGACAAGGAUGAGUCUUUCCAGGACCUCACAAGGCACCUCGAGGAUGUCGAGAAGGGUCAGAAGGAGCAGAACCGUGUCUUCUACAUGGCUCUUCCCCCCAGCGUCUUUACUACCGUGUCGGAUCAAUUAAAGAGAAACUGCUACCCUAAGAACGGCAUCGCUCGUAUCAUCGUCGAGAAGCCAUUCGGCAAGGACCUUCAGAGCUCUCGUGAUCUCCAGAAGGCGCUCGACCCCAACUGGAAGGAAGAGGAGAUCUUCCGUAUUGACCACUACCUGGGAAAGGAGAUGGUCAAGAACAUCCUUAUCAUGCGCUUCGGCAACGAAUUCUUCAACGCCACCUGGAACCGUCAUCACAUCGAUAAUGUGCAGAUUACAUUUAAGGAGCCCUUCGGCACUGAGGGCCGUGGGGGCUACUUUGACGAGUUCGGUAUCAUUCGUGACGUUAUGCAGAACCACUUGUUGCAGGUGUUGACUUUGCUCGCUAUGGAGCGCCCCAUCUCAUUUUCCGCCGAGGAUAUUCGUGACGAGAAGGUGCGUGUUCUGCGCGCAAUGGACGCGAUUGAGCCCAAGAACGUCAUCAUCGGUCAGUAUGGAAAGUCUUUGGAUGGAAGCAAGCCCGCAUACAAGGAGGACGAGACCGUCCCUCAGGAUUCUCGCUGCCCCACUUUCUGCGCAUUGGUCGCAUACAUCAAGAACGAGAGGUGGGACGGUGUUCCUUUCAUCAUGAAGGCCGGCAAAGCCCUGAACGAGCAGAAGACCGAGAUCCGUAUCCAGUUCCGCGAUGUGACUUCUGGCAUCUUCAAGGACAUUCCUCGCAACGAGCUCGUCAUCCGUGUUCAGCCCAACGAGUCCGUGUACAUUAAGAUGAACUCGAAGCUUCCUGGCCUAUCCAUGCAGACUGUCGUGACCGAGCUUGACCUCACCUACCGCCGUCGCUUCUCCGACCUUAAGAUUCCCGAAGCUUAUGAGUCUUUGAUCCUGGAUGCCCUGAAGGGCGAUCACUCAAACUUCGUUCGUGAUGACGAGCUUGACGCCAGCUGGAGGAUUUUCACACCUCUCCUGCACUACCUUGAUGAUAACAAGGAGAUCAUCCCUAUGGAAUACCCCUACGGCUCUCGUGGACCUGCCGUUCUCGACGAUUUCACUGCUUCGUUCGGUUACAAGUUCAGCGAUGCUGCUGGUUAUCAGUGGCCCUUGACUUCCACCCCCAACCGUCUGUAGACGGGGAAGGCUUAUGAGGCUAACGAAAGUGUAAAAAGGACAAAAAAGGGGCAAAGAUAUUAAUGCAGCAUGACCGACUUUGUUUUUAUUGUUAUGGUAUGUUUGGGAAUUUCGGUUUGAGUAGGCGGUUUUUGUUAAACAAUCGGUGGGCCGGCAAUGACGGAGUAAAUCCAUUUUUACCACCAAACUCUAGAAACGAAUCAAGUGAAUAUUACGAAUAUCACGAAAGAUGCACAGAGCUCGCGCGGUUCUCGAGGAAAAGAGGCCAAGCCAAUUUUAGGGCUUGGCGGAGGGAACAAGGAGAUAUAACAAUAAUACCCCUGGAUCCCUGUAGGUGAGUUUAAUUAGUAUUACGUACGAGUUAGUCGUCUUGUAGAAUGUCGAUGUUCAUUAGAGAGUUCGUGAUCAGCUAUUUAUAAACCACCCUUCCAGGUCCCUUGUGGGUCUGGUAAGAUUAAAUUUCAUAGACUGCUGCCGAUAAGAUUGAUUGAAUUCUGCCCUGACGUUCCCGGGGGCCCGCAUGCGUCUGUUGGU